AUGCGAUCCUUACCUGACACCACAGACAGAGGACGACAACUGCGCAGAAAGCUGAGCCUGUGCUUCAUCGCAAAGCUGUUGGGAAAGAUGCAAACGGCAACGAGCCCUUGGCAAGAAGAGAUCCAGUUGCAGCAGCUCGGCCACCUCCUCCCCCUCAUGAAGCCGGCCCUAUUGAAGCGGGGCCUCCAGCAGGAGCAGAGGUUUCCCGAGCAGCCUGAGAGAGACCAGCAGGAGGCGCUCUCUGAACUGGACCAAGAGGCCUGCUACCUCUGCUACAGCCUCCUGACAUUGGCCAACGUGGUUGUGGGAACCGAGGCCGUGCCUUCGAGGGAGCAGGGACACCUCCGGCACCUCUGCAUCCAGCUGCAGCAGCACAUCAGCACCAGCGUCCGAGAGCACCCCUGCUUCAUGUACCGCACCGAGCUCAAGGACCUGGCUGCCCAGAUUUACAUCAAGUGGCAGGAGCUGCUGUCUCGGGGCUGGCUCAACCUAUCGCCCUGGCAGGGCCAGAAUGAAAGCAUCUGACAGGACCCAUCCCAGGAAGCCCAGACUUUGCCAGAGGGAAC